AUGCGCGGGUCCCUCCUCAGCCUGGCAAGCCAUGAAGAGAGGCAGACAGCUCCAGAAAGAGAAAAGGACUACAGCAGCCUGCAGCUGAAGAAGUUAGAUGAAGACAGUUUAACCAAACAACCUGAAGAAGUAUUUGAUGUAUUGGAGAAGCUUGGAGAAGGUUCCUAUGGCAGUGUGUUCAAAGCCAUUCAUAAAGAAACGGGUCAAGUUGUUGCAAUUAAACAAGUUCCCGUGGAAUCUGACCUGCAAGAGAUUAUAAAGGAAAUAUCCAUAAUGCAGCAGUGUGACAGUCCUCAUGUGGUGAAAUACUACGGCAGCUAUUUUAAGAACACAGACUUGUGGAUAGUCAUGGAAUACUGCGGCGCUGGAUCUGUGUCUGAUAUUAUUCGAUUACGAAAUAAAACUCUCACAGAAGAGGAAAUUGCUACAAUAGUACAAUCAACACUGAAAGGACUAGAAUACCUGCAUUUUAUGAGGAAAAUACACAGGGACAUCAAAGCUGGAAAUAUAUUGCUCAAUACAGAGGGACAUGCGAAACUUGCAGAUUUUGGAGUGGCAGGACAACUUACAGACACCAUGGCAAAGCGGAACACAGUUAUAGGGACCCCAUUUUGGAUGGCUCCAGAAGUGAUUCAAGAAAUUGGGUAUAAUUGUGUUGCAGACAUCUGGUCCCUGGGAAUCACUGCAAUAGAAAUGGCUGAGGGCAAGCCACCAUACGCAGAUAUUCACCCUAUGAGGGCAAUUUUCAUGAUUCCUACCAAUCCACCUCCAACAUUCCGGAAACCAGAGCUCUGGUCAGACAAUUUUACGGACUUUGUAAAACAGUGUCUUGUUAAGAGCCCAGAGCAGCGUGCCACUGCAACACAGCUUCUGCAGCACCCGUUUGUUAAAAGUGCCAAAGGCGUGUCAAUUCUGCGAGACUUGAUUAAUGAAGCAAUGGAUAUCAAGCUGAAACGUCAAGAGGCGCAACAGCGUGAACUAGAUCAAGAUGAUGAAGAAAAUUCAGAAGAAGAUGAAACAGAUUCAGGUACCAUGGUGAGGGCAAGUGGAGAUGAAACUGGUACCAUAAGAGCUAUCAACACCAUGAGUGAUGGAGCCAACACAAUGAUAGAACAUGACGGCACCUUGGAAUCCCAGUUGGGUACAAUGGUCAUAAACACGGAAGAGGAAGAGGAGGAGGGCACCAUGAAAAGGAGGGAUGAAACGAUGCAGCCAGCCAAACCAUCAUUCCUUGAAUAUUUUGAGCAGAAGGAGAAGGAGAAUCAAAUCAAUAGCUUUGGGAAGAAUGUGUCUGGCCAGACAAAAAAUUCAUCUGAUUGGAAAGUACCACAGGAUGGAGACUACGAAUUUCUAAAGACUUGGAGUGUGGAUGAACUUCAGAGGAGGCUCUCGGCCCUGGACCCCAUGAUGGAGCAGGAGAUUGAAGAAAUCCGCCAGAAGUACCAGUCAAAGCGGCAGCCGAUCCUCGAUGCCAUUGAAGCCAAGAAGCGGCGGCAGCAGAACUUCUGA